AUGGGGAGAUCGCUCUUGCACGGGGCCUUCGCGCUCGCGGCUCUCACCACACUGGCUGAUGCAUCUGCACAACCAAGUCCCAGGAGAACACAAGUCGGCCCGCCAAUUCUCCGGUCCCAAGUAACAACGCACCGUGGUGAUGAUGUCUCAGGCUGGGGCAAGUUUCGGCGGGCGAAUUUCAAAAGGCAAGACUCGACGCCCCUAGAGAACCAGCAGACCGGCACGUCGUAUACAAUCGACAUCGAGAUCGGCACGCCGCCCCAGGCCAUCACCCUCAUCAUCGAUACCGGGUCUACGGAGCUCUGGGUGAACCCAACCUGCGAGACAUCAGGGCAGUCAGACUAUUGCGAGUCGUUCUCACAGUUUGACUACACCUCGAGUUCGACAAUCAGCGAUACGGGUUACUCCAACCUGCUGGCUUAUGGCAAGGGCAACGUUACGAUCGAGUAUGUGACGGAUGUCGUUAGCAUCGGAUCCGCCAGCAUCACAGAUCAAAUUUUUGGUGUCGGUUUCGAGUCCUAUGAUAUACCACUGGGCAUCCUCGGCCUCGCGCCACCCACCGGUUCCGAGGAACUGUACACGUACGUCCUGGACAACAUGGUAGAACAGGGCCUGAUCGACAGUCGAGCCUUCAGUCUUGACCUUCGAGAUGUCGACAGCCCAGAUGGCUCUGUCAUUUUCGGCGGUGUGGACGCGGGCAAGUUCGUCGGCGAGCUGCAGAAGUGCCCCAUCCUCGACCCCUCGGACACACCCAGCGGUGCAGAUCGCUACUGGAUCUACCUCACUGGACUUGGGAUGACGAUCCCGAGCGGCGAGUCGGGGCUGAUUGCCGAAGGACAGCUACCGGUGUUCCUGGACAGCGGCGGCACGAUGACUCGGCUUCCCACUGAGGUUUUUGAAGCCGUCGGGUCUGCGUUCCCAGGCGCACAGUAUGACUCUGACUCUGGGUAUUUCAUUGUUGAUUGCGAUGUUGGCGACGACUCUGGCAGCGUGGACUUUGUCUUUGAUGAAAAGGUCAUUAGUGUUGCGUUCGACGACUUCAUCUGGCGCGUACCUAGCCUGGAUGACACUUGCGUUCUAGGGGUCCUUGCAGACGAUGACGAGCCCGUCCUGGGUGAUACAUUCCUGCGCGCAGCAUACGUAGUCUACGACCAAGACAAUCGUAACCUCCACCUAGCACAGGCUGCAAACUGCGGGACAAGCUUGGUCGCUAUCUCCACCGGCGUAGACGCAGUUCCAUCUGUGACUGGAGAGUGCACAGCUACAGCGGCCGCAGCUGUGCUUACUGGCUCGCUGACUGCAACGGAGGCCCCUUCGACCAUCACGAAAGGCCCUGGUGGGCUCUCUUCCGCUAUUGCGCCGGGCCCUGGGGCUACGCAAACCGGGGAGAGAGUGGCGAGCAGCCUGUGCUUGACGUGUAAGAACGCCGCGACAGGGACGGCAAGCCCUUCUAGGACAAGGAAUGCCAAUGCCGGUGCGAGGGAAACGGGCAGUCCGCUGGCUGCCGUUGGAGUGAUGGCUGUGGCUGCUUUGCUUGUUUAA